AUGCGAAUUCUCAUAGGCACGGCAGCAACAACCAAACUAGCAAGUGGCUUCGAAAAUGACUUGACUCUCACACUAGAAGCCCUUCACCAACAAGUCGACCUGGCAGCAAUCCUUCAAGAAGACUGGAAUCACUGUAAAGGGGACGAACAUUAUGUGCUGGGCGGAGCUGGCGAACAAGUUCUCCGCAUACUCAGAUUACUCCGCACAGCCGAACAAACAGCUGAAAAAAUCGCGAAGCUUGUAACGCGAUACACCCUCCUGGAUCGACUUUUCGAGGAACAAGUCGUGAUUGGAAGGCUGAAUUCCAUCCAUCGACAUGCAUGGCUCAAUCGGAAACAUCGAUUUGAAGUGGACUCAAGGAAAGUGCUCGAUUGGGCGCAGUUAAGAUCAGCCCUACUCAGGCGUCUCAUUGAGGAGCUCGAGAAAGAGUUGAGGAAAACAGAGAACCGGUAUGACAAUGUCACGACCAUAGAGAACCAGCACGCUUUCCAGAGGCACCAACUACCACAAGUGCUCCGAAAAGGCAUGGCUGCCGAAAAGAAAACAUCAGCCAAGGAGAUAACCGAACUCCAGGAGAAAAUGAAGAAACAGGAGGAAGAAAUGGAGCUCCUGAAGCAGACGCUUCUAUCAAUAAAAGCACAAACCGAAGCUGCGAGCUCUACUGAGCUUACCGUGACCGUGGACCCAGCGGAAAAAACAAGGAGGACUGUGAGAAGUGAGGAAGUACCAGUAAAUGAUCAGGAGUACUUCGAGAAAAUGGUCCGCGAAGUCCAAGGAGAGGAGGAACAACAGGGAUCUGAGCGGGUUCACGAAGAAGUUGAGCAACAGGAAAAUGAGCAAAAAGCACGGGAAACAAAACCUGUCGAAGAACUGCACGGACGUGGUCAGCAACUACAGCGCACACGUCGGCGUCAAGCGUCCUCUGGAGAUCGGCGAUUGGGGCACUAUCCAGGUUCCACUAAACAUCAACGACGAGUCCGUAGCCCUGAGAAAUUCGAUAAUCUACGACGAGUCAGGCGUUCCGUCUCCUUUGAAGAUCGAAUCAAGGCGUUGCGCAAACAAGCGGACAAAUUCGAACAAGUUCUACAUACGAGAUCGUUUCACGGAAAGGACUGUGCAAGCACUGUCUCGGCUCGUGCUUACCGCUUCAAUGCAAGUUCAACCCCAGGAGUUGCUGGUAUUGCGAGAAAAUACGCGGCACGUGUGAUUGAGGUAUUUCGAUACGAAGGGACGAAGGACAUCAGUUAG